AUGUCGACCACGAACCCCACGGGGGAAACCACCGAGUGGGACGACCUGCAAAGGAAGUAUGGGAAUUUGCCCCCACUCCAGAAGGAGGUAAAGGAAGAAGAAAUAUAUCUAAACAAGUUGGAAAAACUUGAGGGAGUCAACCCGCUAGAGAAAAAGAACCUGCACGAACUGACCUUGUUGGAGGAGAACUGCGUGGACGAGGACUACCUUAAAAUCAUCGAAAAGCAUAAAGCGAAUCGCAUAAAAGAGAUAAACAGAAGUAGGGCCCUGGAUGUAUUUGGGACAGUGUAUGAAAUUUCAAAGGACAACUUUCUGACAGAAGUUAAUGAAGCCAGUAAGAGGAACCCCCUGGGAGAACAUGGUGGGCGGUCAAUGGAAAGCACACGGGGGGAUGAAGAUUUAGAGGAGGACGAGGAACAAGGAGUUGCGGCAUCAUCCACAGAAGGAACAGAAGGUACGCAUGUGGUAAUCCAUCUGUAUUCGGAUAACGUUCUCGCGUGCAAAGUGAUUAAUAGCAUAUUAAUUCAAAUGGCCAGAAAACACAAGUACGUUAAGUUCACCAAGGGGGUAUACAAUCGAAUUGUAGAGAAUUACCCUGAGUCCAAACUACCAACGCUUCUCAUUUACUACAAUGGUACAUGCAUACACCAGAUUUGUAACCUACUGAACAACAUAAAAGGAGGAAUGAACAACUUAAGUUUGAAAACCUUUGAACGACUUAUGGAAAAAUAUAAUAUUUUGAGAUAUCCUUCAAGUUGGAUGAACAGUAGACAGAGUGUUAGUGAUCACAGCGUUAAUUCUAGUGAUGUUGACAGUGAGGAGGGAAGUCGCUAUGCGGAGAAGGGUACUCGCGUUAGAACACAUAAGCAGUACACUUCUUUUAAUAUGUUUGAUAGCAAGUACACAAGUAGGGACUACUCCUCUGAUGAAGAUAGGGAAUUGAAGUCCAGGGGGUAUGCUUCCUCCAUGCUCGACAAGAAGGUUAGUCGAAAUGAACUCUAA